AUGGUUGGACAGGAUGGGAUGGGUUGGAUUCUCAAUUUUUCCCAUUUGCUAGACACAGAGCAAUUCUAUACAGAAGUCCAGGAGAUUAUUCUCGCUAGAUACAAUAAAACUUUUGACUGGUCUCUUAAGGCAAAAAUGAUGGGAAAGAAAGCAAUAGAAUCUGCUCGGGUGUUUGUUGAAGAAACUGGAAUUAGUGAUUCGAUUACCGCUGAGAACUUUCUUGUAGAAAGGGAGGAGAUGCUGCAGAACAUGUUUCCAACAAGUGAGCUCAUGCCAGACACUAUGAUGGAAAAGCUUUUCUGUACUCGUACCAAACAGAUUGGUGAUGAAGAAUGGGGAGACUCUUUAUUCGGUUCCUGGCAAGUUUUGCACCUUAUCUAG